GUUUAACUAAAUGCUAGACUAUAGUAGGGCCUCGAAACGCUUUUUCGCUUUUUCAGCCAUGACAGCUGCUUAAUGACAGACGCUGACAGCGUACGCGUUAAAGCCCAGCAAAGUAAGGCCUACAAAUAUGGGCCUCUGCAACUGUUAUUAUGUUAAGAGUAGUACCGGUACUAGAGCCGUUUAACAGCUGGUGGCUAUGUUGGACCAUAUGGAGAACUCCUCCAGCCCCCGCAAUGACGACGUCUCGGAGGAUCUUGACUUGCUUGAUAUGUUAAAUAAGGACGAUGGGAUACACUCACAGCUGUUACUUGCCCGCUUACAAGCAAGAAACCCUAGGAACACGGUUUCGGCAUCCUCGGCAGGUCCCUACUGCGGAAAUGCAUCCUCUCAUCAGGUGUUCCCAGGUUGCAGCAGUCUGCCAGUAAGCCCCGGUCGCAACCAGAGUAGCAAUGGCAGGAGCUCAGGCGCCGCCGGACUUCGCGGCAGCGUUUCCCUUCAAGUUUGUCACCCACAACAGCAUGCCGGCAGCAUCCUCGACAGGCCCCAUGGCAACCACAACGAAGUUGCGCUCAGGGCCAUCGUUCGUGCGCUUCAGGCCAAGCUCGAGGCCGUACAGCCCACAGGGGGAGGCGGUGCUGGGGUCGGAGCCGGGAGCCCAAGAGGGAGGCGUGCGGCCGCCGCUGCAGCAGCCGCGGCUGGCCCAGCCGGGAUAACUCAGGCGGGGUGUGCUAGCCCCCGGCUGGCUCGGGCUGGCUCUGCGGGCCGAGCGUUGCCGGGUUGCGGCUGCAGGCCCCGCACCCGCCCAGGCGCCUGCUGCAGCCGCUGCGCCCGUAUAGCCGCUUCUGCUGCUGCAGCGCCCGCCGCCGCCGCAGCUGCCGCGCC